AUGAAGUACCCAACACACAUCAUCGACCCCAACGGGGACGUGAUCAUAAGACUCCUCAACCCAAAUGCUCCAUUUGCUGUAUCUGAGGAAUGGGACUAUGGAGAGGAAGACGAAUUACCAUCGUGGUUCGGAUCGAGACAGUGGAAUCCGUUGAACAACGAACAAGCAGUCGACUCGCUCCUUGAUCUUUCUGUUGUUGGCCAGGACGACCAGAAUGAACCACCAAAAUCUGCAGCAUCAGAGACUCAUGUUUCCCUAUUGGCGGCGACCGGUCUAACGAGAGUGCCUACUCGACGACAACGUCAUCGUCCACGGAGAAUGAGCGAAAGCGAAUGUAUUCUGAGUGAAUAUGCACGCAAACCCGCAUUUAACGACGAAUAUACCUACCAAGUCUCAUCGCGACAUCUCAUACUCGCCUCUCCAUUCUUCCGCGCGGCACUGACAAAAGGAUGGAAGGAGACCCAUACCUUAGGCACCCACGGCUCUGUCACAUUCACCGUCUACGACUGGGAUGAUCAGGCGCUCUUGAUCUUCCUAAACGUUAUACACGGACAGCACCGCGACUUGCCCUGGAAAGUAGGGUUAGAGCUCUUGGCGAAGAUUACCGUCAUCACCGACUACUAUCAGUGUAUAGACGCCAUCCAGUUCAUGGCGCUGUCUUGGUAUGCUUUUUUGAAGCCGACGUGCUCGUAUCUUGUGCGGCCGAGGGAUAUUGUCUUGUGGUUGUGGGUCUCGUGGGUGUUGCGUCUUCCAGAGCAGUUUCGGAAGGUUGGCGCAAUGGCUAUGGAGCAAUUGGAUCAGCGGAUGGAUUCGUUGGGAUUGCCUAUUCCGAGGAGGAUUCUAGGUGAGUUUGUGCAAUUGUGUCAGAUGCAGUAG